GCUCUGUUGUCUAAGGGCCUAUGGUUGGAGUCCCUGGCCAGAUCCUGGUGGUUCUUUCCCUUUACGUGGUCCUGUUCAUGAGCCCGGCCCGCACAGAGUGAGUCUGUGACGGCGACUCCCUGCUCGCCGCCAUGCACGACGCCUUCGAGCCGGUGCCGAUCCUAGAAAAGCUGCCUCUACAGAUCGACUGUCUGGCUGCCUGGGAGGAGUGGCUUCUCGUUGGAACGAAACAAGGACAUCUCCUUCUGUAUAGGAUUCGGAAGGACAUUGUGCCAGCCGCUGUGGCAUCACCUGAAAGUGGCAGCUGCAACAGGUUUGAAGUGACACUAGAGAAAUCCAAUAAGAACUUCUCCAAAAAGAUUCAACAGAUCCAUGUCGUUUCCCAGUUUAAGAUUCUAGUCAGCUUGUUAGAAAAUAAUAUUUAUGUCCAUGACCUAUUAACAUUUCAACAAAUCACUACGGUUUCAAAGGCAAAGGGAGCAUCGUUGUUCACAUGUGACCUCCAGCACAUAGAGACUGGUGAGGAGGUGUUGCGGAUGUGUGUAGCUGUGAAAAAGAAGCUGCAGCUCUAUUUCUGGAAGGACAGGGAGUUUCAUGAAUUGCAGGGGGACUUUAGUGUACCAGAUGUGCCCAAGUCCAUGGCAUGGUGUGAAAAUUCCAUCUGUGUGGGUUUCAAGAGAGACUACUAUCUAAUAAGGGUGGAUGGAAAGGGGUCUAUCAAAGAGCUCUUUCCAACAGGAAAACAACUGGAGCCCUUAGUUGCCCCUCUGGCGGACAGAAAAGUGGCCGUGGGUCAGGAUGAUCUCACCGUGGUGCUCAAUGAGGAAGGGAUCUGCACACAGAAAUGUGCUCUGAAUUGGACUGACAUACCAGUGGCCAUGGAGCACCAGCCUCCCUACAUCAUUGCCGUGUUGCCUCGAUAUGUGGAGAUCCGAACACUCGAGCCGAGGCUUCUGGUUCAGAGCAUUGAAUUGCAGAGGCCCCGUUUCAUCACCUCAGGAGGAUCAAACAUUAUCUAUGUGGCCAGCAAUCAUUUUGUUUGGAGACUCAUUCCUGUCCCCAUGGCAACCCAAAUUCAACAGCUGCUCCAGGACAAACAGUUUGAAUUGGCUUUGCAACUUGCAGAAAUGAAAGAUGAUUCCGACAGCGAAAAGCAACAGCAGAUCCAUCACAUCAAGAAUUUGUAUGCCUUCAACCUCUUCUGCCAGAAGCGUUUUGAUGAGUCCAUGCAGGUCUUUGCUAAGCUUGGCACAGAUCCUACCCAUGUGAUGGGCCUGUACCCGGACCUGCUGCCCACAGACUACAGGAAGCAGCUGCAAUAUCCUAACCCCCUGCCUGCACUCUCCGGGGCUGAACUGGAGAAGGCUCACUUAGCUCUGAUUGACUACCUGACACAGAAACGGAGCCAGUUGGUAAAGAAGCUGAAUGAUGCUGAUCACCAGUCCAGCACUUCCCCACUCAUGGAAGGCACUCCCACCAUCAAGUCCAAGAAGAAGCUGUUGCAGAUCAUCGACACCACCCUGCUCAAGUGCUACCUCCACACGAACGUGGCCCUGGUAGCCCCCUUGCUGCGCCUGGAGAACAAUCACUGCCACAUCGAAGAGAGUGAGCACGUGCUGAAGAAGGCUCACAAAUACAGUGAGCUGAUAAUCCUGUAUGAGAAGAAAGGGCUCCACGAGAAAGCCCUGCAGGUGCUGGUAGACCAGUCCAAGAAAGCAAACUCGCCUCUGAAAGGCCAUGAGAGGACGGUGCAAUAUCUGCAACAUCUGGGCACAGAAAACCUGCAUUUGAUUUUUUCCUACUCAGUGUGGGUGCUGAGAGACUUCCCCGAGGACGGCCUGAAGAUCUUCACUGAAGACCUCCUGGAGGUGGAGUCUCUGCCCCGAGACCGAGUGCUCGGCUUCCUGGUAGAGAAUUUUAAGGGUCUGGCUAUUCCUUAUCUGGAACAUGUCAUCCACGUUUGGGAGGAGACGGGCUCCCGGUUCCACAACUGCCUGAUCCAGCUGUACUGUGAGAAGGUGCAAGGUCUGAUGAAGGAGUACCUCCUGGCCUUCCCUGCAGGCAAAACUCCAGUUCCUGCUGGAGAGGAAGAGGGUGAGCUGGGAGAAUAUCGACGGAAGCUCCUUAUGUUCUUGGAAAUUUCCAGCUACUAUGACCCAGGCCGGCUCAUCUGUGAUUUUCCUUUUGAUGGCCUCUUAGAAGAACGUGCUCUUCUGCUGGGGCGCAUGGGGAAACAUGAACAAGCUCUCUUCAUCUAUGUCCACAUUCUGAAGGAUACAAAGAUGGCUGAGGAGUACUGCCACAAGCAUUAUGACCAAAACAAAGAUGGCUACAAAGAUGUGUAUCUGUCCCUGCUCCGUAUGUACCUGUCACCUCCCAGUGUUCACUGCCUGGGGCCCAUCAAGCUGGAAUUGCUGGAGCCACAAGCCAACCUCCAGGCUGCCCUGCAGGUCCUCGAGCUGCACCACAGCAAAUUGGACACCACCAAGGCCCUCAACCUUCUGCCAGCAAACACUCAAAUUAAUGAUAUACGCAUCUUUCUGGAAAAAGUCUUGGAAGAAAAUGCACAAAAGAAACGGUUCAAUCAGGUGCUCAAGAACCUUCUGCAUGCAGAGUUCCUGCGGGUCCAGGAAGAGCGGAUUUUACACCAGCAGGUGAAGUGCAUCAUCACGGAGGAGAAGGUGUGCAUGGUGUGUAAGAAGAAGAUUGGGAACAGCGCAUUUGCGAGAUACCCCAAUGGAGUGGUCGUGCACUACUUCUGUUCCAAAGAGGUAAACCCGGCGGACACCUGAGCUCAGCGUGCGCAGGACUCAGCAGAUGGACAGCUUGGCCGUCCCAGAGAGGGAAACAGGCACCAGCCUUAGGGUCGGGGGCUGCUGCCACCACCAGGUGUCUCCCCAUUUGGACACUGAUGGCUACCUUGCGCCCUGGAACAUCUCUGAAAUAAUCAGACUUGUGGUCUGGUGUUACCAGCUUUUUAAUAGAAAAAGAGAUUAGUUAUACUUUAUAUACCAUUGUGUUGCAGGCAGUCCCAGAGAAUUUAACACCUGCUGAGACUGGAGGAGGCGGUGAUGGUCACUGUCUUGCCUUCACAUACCAGUCACCUGAAUAAGGAAACUGCCUCCAGCUUUUGCAACCCCAGGGUGGUUUGUUCAGUUUUCUAUCAAGUCAUAUGCAGGGCUUCGCAGGGAUACCUCAGCAUGGCUGACCAAGUCUGAGAAGAGAGCAGAACCAGAGCUCCUUUGGCUGCAAAGGCCAAACACUUGUUCCUAGAUAGUGACAGUCUUUUCUCCGUGGUCACCGUGACCUGCGUGCUCCCCGCCCCCCAAGCCUCCCCACUCGCCUCUAUUUUUGAGUGUCCUUUUCUUUCCCACUAUUUUCUUCCUGUAUCUUUCUCCUCACUGCUCUACUCAGGCCUCCUUCCCCAUUUUCCUGACACUGGGAAUAACUAAUAUUUAAGCCAGGCAAAGUGAAAAACAAGAGGAAGUCGUAUUUUCUAGGGUUAAUUAAUAACUGACUGUCAGGUAUCUUGUAAAUAGAUCCCCCUUGGACUGCAUGCUUCUCUGCCUGGAAGCUUAGGAGAGCACCAUUCUUGGCCUAGGAAGGGCCGUGUGCACCUCUCCUCAGGGUGAGUGUGGCCAUAGCUCUAAGAAUGGACAGCACUGCACUGGGCGUAUGACCUCUUAGGCUGCUAUCUGCAGAGGCUCCUGCUCCCCGUUCACCCACCAGCCGCCCAGGCAGGUUGGUUUAGUCUCUGUGAAUAAGCACUUUGUGCUUGGGCCGCCUCUCUCUUUCCAGCCAGUGUCACCCACUUACAGCAUGGCCUGGGGGGUGCUCUCCAGCUUGGUUUUGCAGAGGUUGCAGGGCUGCACUGGGAUAUCAUAGGUAGUGGAUGACUGGUACACACAGGAAUGGCCAGAUUAGGGGCUUACAGUGAUGUGGUGUAAGGCAUACUUGUGAAGUGCUCAGGGCAGCAGGAGUGCUGCAGGCGGCAGGAGUGGCAGCAUCUGGGUUUAUAAAGUAUGUCACCGCCAGAUCCUCUGAGCACUUGUGUGUGGGAGGCCCUGGCUUCCACAUGGCACCCUAGAGGCACAUAUGAGUGUCUCUCGCUGUAACAGAGGACACGUGGGGAGAGAGGCCCUGCUUCCUGUCUUCCCCAGGGUUCUGCAGACUUCUUUCCUCAGUUCCUUAAUGGUAGUAGGGUGAGUGACAGUGCCCCACACUGACCCGUUAGUGGCCUGUCCUUGACGUGCUGUGAUCCUUUUUAAACUUCAGCACUGCUGUUUGAGGCCUGUGCUAUAGGCCGACUUGCUAGAGUUAUACACUAGGCUUCUAGGCAUGUGCUCUGUGGAGGGUCUGAAGGGACAAUGAGUGCAGGCAACACGUUCAGAGAGAGAGGGACUCUCUGCUUAGGUUUUGGAGAUCGAGGAGCACUUCUCAAGAGCCACCGUCCCAACUGGCCACACCCACCCACAGGAAGCAGUGCUGCCCUUGGCCUUUUGCGUCAGUGAAGACCAAGCUUCCUCCAAGAGCAGCAGUGAGAUCGGCAGGCAGCCCUCACCCUGCCCCACCACGUGAGCCCUGCCUUCCUGGCCUGCUGUGUUUAUAUCUUCCAUUCCCACUCCUGUGUGGCACAUCUGCUUGAAGCAACAGAACGAAGAGUGUGUUUCCCGCCUCUGGAACACAUAAAGGACCCAGUUCUCCCAAAUUCUGGUCUUCCUUCCCUAGACUGUCUUUGUCCUCUGUGGAGUGUGGAGAAGGCUGGAGCUGAAAGCUCUGUAGUGAGGACUGAUGAAGGCCUUGCGUAAUAAACAUCAUAAAGUAACAAACCAA